GCCCACCGGUCAUUCCAGGGAAGCAAAAAACGAACGCCUCACUUCCACCCACCGCUAUCUACCUGCACAGUCGGCCCUUCCUUCCACCGCUUCCGGUGCCAGACCUCGGUCUUCUCUUCUCCACAAACCAGGUUCCACUUUCGGCGUCCAGUCAGACGACAUCCAUCGGCCCCGGUCCGAACCGUACCCCGUAGAAACCAUGGACGUGAAGCAAGAAAAGCGCAGCUCAGGCGGACAAGCUUUCGAGAUCGUGCUGGGUGACGCGGCCGGCCCUCCCCCCAGGCCCUCAACCCCCGCUAAGAGCCCGCGGUCCGUGACCCAGGAGGACAUCACCAGGAAGAUGCAGGAGGCAGAGGAGAGGAGGAAACAGCGCCAGUCUCAGAUCAUGGAGAAACUCCAACAGGAGGAGCAGAAGCGUGAGGAAGUCCUGAAGCGAGCGGCGGAGGUCAAAAAGAAUCAGGGCGACGAAGACGCCGAAUGAUUGACACAUUUGUCAGACGACAUUUCAAACAUGGCUGUAGCCAGGACGCUAGCACCCAAGUAAAUUUUCGACAGGCAUGAUUGAUUGAAAUGGACUUUUGUAGAGAGAAAAAAAUCACGAUUUGAAGGGCUGCGAAAUUUAUCCUGGAGAUAGCCAUGUUUGAAAAUGGUAGUCUAUAAUACCUGCAUCUUUGUAUGCUCAAUUGUUUGUAACUGUCAAUCUUGUAGUUAGGACACAACACAUGGCAAUCCUUUGGCUUCGUCUUUUGCAGCAGUCACUCCACGUCAUCAGGAUCCGUUGAUUUCAUUGGACGGAUGUCAUCGAUUGCCAAAUAAGGCAAAACUUGGUGUUCUAUCGCUUGCUUUAUUUAUUGCGGUUGAAAUGACGAGGAAUCUGUUGCAGUAGACGUUCGCGGGAUUUUUUCACUCGAAUUUGCAUGAUUUCAAGCCUAUAAAGCCCUAGACCUGAUGUCGGAUUGGCCAAGGAAAAUAGAUUCUGACCAACCAAAUUGGUGGGAACAAGUUUUCUCGUAAUACUUUAUCAGAAGAUUAGCUACUUUGAUUGGUUAAAAAGGGUUUGGUACGAUCGAUAUUCACCAAUGAUAAGAUCGCUCAUGUAAGGAUGGAAUCAUGCAAAGACAAGUUUAACAUGUUGUGAUAUUCUUACGAUAGUAACUUAUAUUAUCGGCAAAUGUUUGUGCAAUUUUAUAGUGCACGGUGCAGCAAACGACUGAAAUAUAUCUAUAUAUAUAUGGGAAGGUUUUAGUUGCAAAUAAUAUAUUGGUAUCACGAAUUUCGCAUCUGUACAUUGUUGAAUGGAACGCACAGGUAUUGGCUGCAGAAAAGGGAAAUUUGCAUAGCGUGGAGAAAUAUUGUCCAAGCAGAUGUAUAAGUUUGGCUGUUUUAAGCGUCUUUCAAGUGAUACGUUUUCGUGUGAAAUAGUACCAUUACAAAGACACAUAACAAGCAAAAAUAAAACACCAUCAGCAAUCAACAAUCCUAAGUCAGACAUCUGCUUUGGGCGACUAGUGCUGAGACAGGUGAUGGAUACAACUGUUGAUUGGUUUGAACCGACCACGUGACUCAUAUACUACGUUUCUAUUGGAUGGAGGUGAUAUGCAAUUAGGUAAUGUAUCAAUCACUAUGGCGCCAUGCAGUCUGAUAGUUGGUGGAUGCAUCGUGUGAUUUUUGGUGGUAAAAUGAUCAAAUUACCAUAGAAUUUCAAUAUUCAAGACAAGCGUAAAACUGCCUUUUUGUGAAUAUAUGCAAUCUUUAGUGUAAAGGAUAUUCUUAUAUUCAAGCAGAGGUGUGGCUUGGGGCUUGUCUUCUCUUUUUCAUUAUUGCAACAUAUAUUUACAAGACACUCAAGUCGUUACUUAUAUUUAAUGUCGCCACCGAGAACGAAUACAAUUACAUGGGUAAAUGAACACAAGAAAAGAAAACAAAAUAACAAAUUAGCAAAGCACUGAAGCAAAAUUUACAAAUCAAAAUUCAAAGAUAUCAGCUGAGGAUAUGAAAAAACUACCUUGUUCCUACCUGGUCUGACGAACUCUAAGAUUUAAAUGGAAAUAACAUAGAACAGGCCACAACCAUACCUCUGUUUGGAGAUUAGAAAUACCAUGUUUAGUUGCCAUUGAAAGCCAUCAUCUCUAUACUACAAGUGCAAUUAUGUCUUGUGCCUCUUGUGUGUACGCUGUAUGCUCUGCCCAGGUAUAGUAAGAAAGCUAGACAGCUCGACUGUGAUUUGAACGUCUCAUCCUGACCGAAACAAUGAGACAUUUUGCCCCAAACGUCUGAACAAACAAUGCUGGUUGGCAGUAUAGAUUGGUACCCCGGAUGAUUAGGAGCUGAUUGGUCAUGAUAUUAAAGUGACCCGAAUGGUAUGAAGCUGAUUGGUCAAUAUUAGUACCCCGGAUGGCAAGGAGUUGAUUGGUUAACAUUUGUGACGGUUAUAUCUUAAAUAGGAAAGGAUUCCAACUUGUUGCACUGACCUUUAAAUAUCUGUUGUACCGCUGUAUAGCAGUUACAAUCUAUAAUCAAAUGUUAAACAUGUGAAAAGGAAUGUCACAACUGCUUCGGGAGUACAUUGGUAGCUGUGCUCGAAUUUGGUUUGGUUUAUAAUACCGACUAUGCUCGACUUGAGUCAUAAGAACGCUUGUGAGAAUGUAUGAAGUUAUCGUGUGUAAAACUGUGUUGGUGCUCUCUAUCUACACAGACUAGCAUGAAAAACGUAGCAGUGUUAGCAAAUAACAUCAAAGGAAACUGAAUAUUUGCUCGAACUCAAUGUGAAUGACCAACGGUUUCAGACACAUGACCUUAUUUAUGUACACGUGACUAAGCAUAUUUUGGUCAAAGCUGUAACCCGCCACUCAAUUAAAAUGGCGGAUUUUGUGAAGGGUAAAGAAUCGGUGAGGUGCAUGCUGGGUACAAUGUGUUGAAAAUACCUUGAACAGGAGCAAGAGUUCAGUGACCUAAGAAGAUCUUACGACAUUGAAGAUUUUACGACGUCGAGAACUUUACGACGCUUCUCACGCACUGCUACGUAAACUUGGCUUGUGAAUGUACGUGUGAACUUUGACCUCUUCGUGUCAUUCCUGUCUAAUAAAAGCCAUUCCGAAAAAAUC